UAUUACAUGAGAUGGCAACUGUUUUAAAUACGGGUUUAGACAGGAAAACAGUUGGUUAUUGUAUAUCAUUAUGUGAAAAAGGUGCCAAUCCAGAGGCUUUAGCUACAAUCAUUAAAGAUUUACAGAAACAACAAGAAAAUAAAAAGAAAGAAACGAACAAUAAACAGUAAUAUACCCUUUUUUAAAGUCUUUCUUUUUUUGUCUAUUUUUUUUUUUUUUGGUGUCUUUUAUUUAUGAAGCGUGAAGCCAAAGAGGACAACAACAACACUGAAGAGAAUAAAAAGGCAAAGAAAGAGCAUCCUUUUUUCAACAUGAAGAGAGUAAAUAAAGGAGCAAUAAAGUGGAUCAAUGCACUUGACACGGUUCUUAUUGGAAAAACGCAUGGAAAAGAGACAGGAAAAACCAAGAUUGCUGCUUUUGACUUGG